CCUCUGCAACACUACUUCCGUGUACGUUUUGGUUAGCGCUUCGCAGAAUAAUUCUUCUCAAAUUAAUACUGCGGGUGCUGAAGCCUCGACACAGUACCUCCAAACGCUAAUUAACUGGACUAAAACAUCAUUCAUGUCAUCUUCGUGUCCGGAUAAACUCGUGUCGGGCGCGUUUAAGCUUCUCGAGGUAGCUUAGCUUAGCUUAGCUUGCAGAUACGAACGAGGAGACGCGUUUGUUGUUCGACACAUCGCUGUAAACAGAGAUCAAGUGUUGCGGUUGGUGAAGUGUGGCAAUGUGUGCAAUCAGUGUGAAGGAGGAGUACGAAGAGGAGCUUUGUCUAUUAAAAGAGGAGAACGGGGGCCAACGUCUGCUGUUGGACGCUGUUUUGAAGACACCUCGACUUGUGUCGCACAGAGCAGGCGUCAAUAAAAAUAUUUUUCAUGAGCAGCAGGACCCCGAGUGCCCUUGCAUUAAAGUGGAAGUGGAUGAGGAACCCCCCCACAUCAAAAAGGAAGAGGCGCCUGGAGGAUCACGAACAGAAUGCCUCUUAGCUCCGCAAUCAGAACGUGAUGUCAUAACAGCACACUCUUUUGACACUGAAACUGAUGAUGAGAACACCUAAAGGUGAUCUGACAUGUCACACUGUCAGUGUGACAAAACCUUGCAGUGUGUUGUGGUAAUCACAUCUACUGUGACACAUGAUAUACCUUUUGCCUGCUCAAUUUGUGGUAAAGGUUUCACAUUUGGGAACACGAUCUGGAGAGAAAACUUUUCACAUUUAAUUUGUGGUAAAAGAUUCUGUAAAGUGGUAAACAGUUAUCUGGGCUCGGCUCCGCCAAGAUCUCUUCAGCAGUCAAGAAGAUACAGUGUAGGAAAUUUAUUUCACACAUUACAGGGAAGUACCAGCACAGAUGCAAAGUGUCUACUGAUAUAAUCCAUAGAUGAGCAGAGAUUGGUGUAUAUUAAAAGUGGAGAAGGGAAGAGAAAAACGUUUUAACAUGCUUUUAUGAUAUUUUAUGGAUCGGAAUAUUGUUGAUCAUAAAUCUAUUCUGUGGAAAUGAUAAACCUUUAUGUGCUGGCAGGUUUCGUAAAUCAGUCUGAUUACACUGGAACCACAACCAACAUUGGCACUGGAUGUGGAAAUAAAGACAGAACUGACACCGAACAUAUAAUUGAAAUCUCAGAGAGUACUGGUAGUGACCUGAUGGAUUCAUCUACUAAAGAAUCAUCAUCUGUUUGUGAAAUUAGCACUGAGCAGCCAGCUUGUCUUGCCCGUGAAAUAUUAGAUGAACAACAUGAGGCAGAAGCAGAUUCAUUCUCUUAUACUGAAGAGAAUUUUGUGUGUGAAAUGAACACAGAGCAGCAGAGUUCUCUGUCCCUGGAAAUGUUGGAUGCAGAAAAACAUCAGGCAGAAGAUUCAUUUUCUUAUACAGAAGAGGCUUUUAUGUGUCAAAUGCACAAGCCACGGUCUGCAGAGAGCUUCCACAGCAGAGAGCUUCCACAGCAUCAGAGGGAUCUCAUUGUUGAAAGGUAUCAGUCGGGAGAAGGGUACAAAAGAAUUUCCAAGGGAUUAAAUAUACCAUGGAACACAGUGAAGAGCGUCAUCGUCAAGUGGAGAAAAAAUGGCACAACAGUCCCAUUACCAAGAACUGGACGUCCAUCCAAAAUUGAUGAAAAGACAAGAAGAGAACUGGUCAGGGAGGCUGUUAAGAGGCCGACAGCAACAUUGAAGGAGCUGCAGGAAUUUCUGGCAAGUACUGGCUGUUCAGUACACGUGACAACAAUCUCCCGUCUUCUUCAUAUGUCGGGACUGUGGGGUAGAGUGGCAAGAUAAGGUGAGAAGCCUUAUGUGAUCAAGUAUGUAACUGAAGUCGCAAGUUUUCGUGUCAAUGUCUGCUUUAGGGUCCGUGCAGGUGUGUUUCUUGUUUUUGUUGAUUAGGGUUGACUGGUGGACAGACAGCGGCUCAUGUAAUUGGUGUGUUUGGAGGAACAUCCUUUUAAGCGAAGACAGCAAGAGAAAAGGAAUCCCCAUCUCGCUUCUUCCAACUGCCACGUUACGACAAUUAAUAAUAAACAAUUAACAAAUAAACCAUGUGCUCGCACUAUCAAGUAGGGGUUAACUACCACCUUAUUUUCUCCUGUUUCUGUCUUUAAGGAAGGUAAGCAAAUUGUAUUUUAGUUGUGUUUCUUGUCAGAUUAUAUUUGAUUACUUUUCAAAUGAGAAAUAUUUGUUUUGGUCUUUUUUUGUUGAAUACUAUAUCCAUGGUAAAAUGAUGAAUAUUGUGAAUGAAUAUUUUUUGUUACACCAAGUCAAGUGUCUCAGUGGCUGCUUGGGACUUGAGGGGAGUAGGGACCCUUUUUCAUGUUUUAUCCUGGACACCCCUAGAUGGGGCUUAACAAAAGAAAAAUAUCCAAGCCUGGCUACAUUUUGCAAAAACACAGUGAUUGGUAUUUUGAACUGUUUAUAAUACAAAUCUCCCAGAUGUGGAAAAAUGUGUUGGUCCAUCCAACCAAGCAAGGUAGAAAUGUUUGGCCAGAAUUCUAAAACGUAUGUUUGGAGCAGCUGGCACGUGUUGCAGCCAUAAAAAGUUAAAGAUUAUUUGCUAAAAACAAUAAAGUUGAUCAGUUUGAACAUUAAAUAUCUUGUCUUUGUAGUGUAUUCAAUUAAAUAUAGGUUGAACAUGAUUUGCAAAUCAUUGUAUUCUGUUUUUAUUUAUGUUUAACACAACAUCCCAACUUCAUUGGAAUUGGGGUGGUAUUAUUUUGGUAGUGUUGUUAUGUUUACCUAAUGGUGUUUGAAUUUUUGUCUGCAUUUGAGAUGUCCUGUUUUGUAGGCAAUCCUUAAUUUUUCUCCAUGCAAAAAGUGAAAUGAAAACUAUAUUUUUGCUUCUCUUCUGAGACAGCUACUAGUACCUAAUGCAGUUUAAUUUUCCGUUACAAUUUGCCUGUUUUUGCUAAUGUUAAUUAUUUUGUGUAAAUGCCAAAAGGGGAGUUUCAUGACUUACACAGUUUGUAUAAAUAUUGCUUUCCUAUAUAUGAUGUCAUGUCAAUUUGUGCUAGCGUGUUAUUUGGGCUAGUAUUCUAGCUCAGUUUUUCUCAAAAGUGUGGUACGAGUACCAUGGAAUUAUCUUUAAAAUCUGCAUAACGUUACAGUAGUUUAAGACUUUUUUUUAAAAUC